AGACACUGGGGGAUAAAACACACUGUCCUCCACCUCUACAGUUCACGGAAUUUACCUGUUUUCACGAGGAUAUUUUCACAUGCCAACAUCGGAUAUUUAUGAACAUCUGCACUGGGUUAUAUAAGUAGCUUAAGCUUAAGGGGGAAAAGAAAGCAGGAAUGGAUCAAAAUCUAUUUGGCGGGGCUCCACGUUUCCUAACUCGACCCAAGGCCUUCUCGCUGUGCGUAGGACGAGAUGCCUCCCUCAGCUGCACUAUUGUGGGAACCCCUGUUCCUGUAGUCACCUGGGAGAAAGGCAAGAUGCUUCUUUCUGCAGGUGGACGCUUCAAAACAGUAGAAGAUGGUGAUGUUUACCGACUUACCGUCUACGAUCUAACUCUAGAAGACAGCGGUCAGUACAUGUGUCGUGCCAAGAACAAUGUCGGAGAGGCAUAUGCAGCUGUGACCCUGAAGGUGGGACUGCCGGAAACUGUGAUUGAUCGGGCCCCAGUGUUUACAGUAAAGCCUGUCUCCUCCCGUGUGGGUGUAGGGGGUGAUGUUACCUUCUAUUGUCGGGUGGCAGCCCAUCCAGCACCAAACUUUGACUGGGAAAAGGAUGGUCGCUACCUGGGUGAGACCAACCGCAUCAAGAUAACCUCAGAAAAUGAAUCCAGCUCCUUGAGGAUCCAGGGUGUUCGGAGCUUGGACAGUGGUACCUACACCUGCCGUGCACAGAACUCCAUUGGCCGUGCUCAGACCGCUGCUGCUCUGGUGGUCGACCUUCAAGAUACUCGUCUCCUGAAUGCAGACAAGAGCACAUCCCUCCUCUCACACAUGCAGAAGCGGAAAGAAGAGAUGCGGAAGGACAUCUCCUUAUACCGCACCAUGGAAAGUUCCUCAACCACGCAUACAGCUUCAUCUUCCAUGAUCACAGAGGAACUUGGAAGCUUGGGACUCGCCUGUGAUCAGGAGCAGAGGGUUUCGGCCUUAACCAGCAUGUUGCCCAAAGGUGUGUUUACCCGCACCUGUACGGUGACCGAGGGUAAACAUGCAAAGCUUAGCUGUUUCGUCACAGGCCAUCCCAAACCUCAGAUCAUCUGGAGGAAGGAUGGGGUGAACAUCAGUGAGGGCCGCAGACAUGUUAUGUAUGAGGACCAGGCUGAAAAUUUCAUCCUCAAGGUGCUCUACUGCAAACAAAGUGAUAAUGGGCUGUACACCUGCAAUGCAUCCAACUUGGCUGGACAAACCUAUAGCGCUGUGCUAGUGAUUGUCAAAGAGCCAAAGAUUCCGUUCAAGAAGAAGCUGCAGGAUGUCGAGGUGAAGGAAAAGGAAACAGCAACUCUUCAGUGUGAGGUGCCAGUGCCGAACACAAAGGCCAGCUGGUUUAUGGAGGAGACCCAUCUGGAGGAAAAUGCCAAGUACCGCAUGGAUGUGGAAGGGACCCUGCGUCGCCUCACUAUUCACAAUGUCACCACCAAUGAUGAUGCCGUGUACAUCUGUGAGAUGAAGGAAGGCAGUCGCACUGUGGCUGAACUUACAGUGCUGGGCAACAUCACUAAAAAGCUGCCGAGGAGGACAGUGGUGCCGGUUAGCGAUACUGUGAUCUUCUGUGUGGAACUGGAGAAACCAGUAGAUGAUGCAUACUGGACCAGGAAUGGGGAGAGGCUGAAAGAGGACUCCCGAAUUAUUAUCGCCCGCAUUAACAGACAGUACACACUGACCAUUCGCGAAUGUACUGCAGAGGACUCGGGUGAGGUGGCUUUCAUCGCCCAUGACUGCAAGACAUCCACCCGCUUCUCUGUCACAGCACCAAGGAAACAUCCCCCAGAUCCCCCAGCUGAGCCAGUGGUGCGGAACAAGACAGAUUCAUCGAUCACACUGUGCUGGUCUCCACCAGACAGUGAACGGCCUGUGCCCAUCACCGGCUAUAUUGUGGAGCGCAGGAAGGUGGGAGCCCAAACCUGGGUUAAAGUCACUUGUACAACUGUGUUUAGCACUGAAUACACCAUCAGUGAAAUUCCAGAAGAGGCAAGCUAUCAGUUCCGUAUCUCAGCGGUCAAUGAUUUUGGUCAGAGUGCCUAUUUGGAGGUUCCUGGAACGUUUUACCUUGAGCCCACAGCGUCAGUGAAGACAGGCCUGGUGAACUGCAGUGCACAUGUAGGUGAAGAAGCAACCUUCACUGUGGAGCUCUCAGCCGUAUGUUCCAGCUCCUGGACCAUAAAUGACAGAAUGAUCCGCAGUGGAUCUGAGUAUCUGAUCACACGCUCAAAGACCACACACACGCUGGUCAUCAGGGAGGUGUCCAUGGAACUGAAUGGAGCACAGGUCAAGUUUGUGGGUGGCGGAUCUCAGAGUGUUGCCACGCUUAGUGUGAAAGUCGCACCUGCACGUUUCACCAAUAAGUCUUCUCAGGUGGAGGUGUUUACUUUCAGCAUGCACUCCUCUGCUCAGAUGUACACAGAAGUGUCCGAUUCAAGUGUCCAGGUUGUUUGGAUGAAGAAUGGGAAGGAGCUGAGAAUGGGUAAAAAAUAUGAAGCCACAAGUGUGGAGCGCAAACGAAUACUGACAGUCCACAAUGUUGACCGUGAGGACGUGGGCAUCUAUGAAUGCAUGUGUGAUGGUGAUAAAAUGUCUGUCCAACUUGCCCUUAAAGAAGAACCAGUUAAGUUUGUUAACAAGCCGAGGGCUCAGCCCCAGGAGAGUGAUGCUCUGGUGGGCGACGUGGUGUUGAGCUGUGAGGUUGCUUCUCCUGGAACUGCUGUUGUGUGGAAGAAAGAACAGAUAGAAAUAAUGGAGGACAAGAGGACAACUUUUAUAUCUCAGGGGACACAAAGGAAGCUGGUCAUCAGGGGUGCCAAGCAGAGCGAUGAAGGACACUACUCGUGUGAGACGGCAGAGGACAAAAUGACAUUCUUGGUCAAGAUAAAAGAAACUCGUGCUGCUUUCUCCAACAAGGACUCUUAUCAGAAGGAAGUGAAGGUUUCAGCCUCCCAAAAAGCCACACUGAGCUGUGAAGUUUCUGAUGCCAAAACUGAGGUGAAAUGGUUCAAGGAUGGCAAGCAGUUGAUUUCCAGUAAGACUGUCCACAUGGAGUCAAAGGGCAAGAGCCGUCAGCUGGUGCUGGAGAAUGUGGAAAAGAAGGAUGCUGGAGAAUAUACCUGUGAAGUUGGAAAUGAUAAGCUGGCCUUUAAGAUUCGGGUGGAAGACAUUCAAGCUGCCUUCUCCAACAAGGAUUCCUACCAGAAAGAGGUCAGAGUAGCAGUUUCUCAGAAGGCCACACUGAGCUGUGAGGUUUCUGACCCCAAGACUGAGGUGAAAUGGUUCAAGGAUGGCAAGCAAUUGAGCUCCAGUAAGACUGUCCACAUGGAUUCAAAGGGCAAGAGCCGUCAGCUGGUGCUGGAGAAUGUGGAGAAGAAGGAUGCUGGAGAAUAUACCUGUGAAGUUGGAAAUGAGAAGCUUGCCUUUAAAAUUCAGGUGACAGAUAUUCAAGCUGCCUUCACCAACAAGGACUCCUACCAGAAGGAAGUCAAAGUAGCUGCUUCCCAAAAAGCCACACUCAGCUGUGAGGUUUCUGACCCCAAGACUGAGGUGAAAUGGUUCAAAGAUUGCAAGCAGUUGAGCUCCAGUAAGACUGUCCACAUGGAGUCAAAGGGCAAGAGCCGUCAGCUGGUGCUGGAUAAUGUGGAGACAAAGGAUGCUGGAGAAUAUACCUGUGAAGUUGGGAAUGAAAAGCUGCCAUUUAAGAUUCAAGUGACAGAGCUCAAAGCUGUAUUCACCAACAAAGACUCUUAUCAGAAGGAAGUGAAGGUUUCAGCCUCCCAAAAAGCCACACUGAACUGUGAAGUUUCUGACCUCAAGACUGAGGUGAAAUGGUUCAAGGAUGGCAAGCAGUUGAGCUCCAGUAAGACUGUCCACAUGGAGUCAAAGGGCAAGAGCCGUCAGCUGGUGCUGGAGAAUGUGGAGAAGAAGGAUGCUGGAGAAUAUACCUGUGAAGUUGGAAAUGAGAACCUUGCCUUUAAAAUUCAAGUGACAGACAUUCAAGCUGCCUUCACCAACAAGGACUCCUAUCAGAAGGAAGUCAAAGUAGCAGCUUCCCAGAAGGCCACACUGAGCUGCGAAGUUACUGACCUUAAGACCGAGGUGAAAUGGUUCAAGGAUGGCAAGCAAUUGAGCUCCAGUAAGACUGUCCACAUGGAUUCAAAGGGCAAGAGCCGUCAGCUGGUGCUGGAGAAUGUGGAGAAGAAGGAUGCUGGAGAAUAUACCUGUGAAGUUGGAAAUGAGAAGCUUGCCUUUAAAAUUCAGGUGACAGAUAUUCAAGCUGCCUUCACCAACAAGGACUCCUACCAGAAGGAAGUCAAAGUAGCUGCUUCCCAAAAAGCCACACUCAGCUGUGAGGUUUCUGACCCCAAGACUGAGGUGAAAUGGUUCAAAGAUUGCAAGCAGUUGAGCUCCAGUAAGACUGUCCACAUGGAGUCAAAGGGCAAGAGCCGUCAGCUGGUGCUGGAUAAUGUGGAGACAAAGGAUGCUGGAGAAUAUACCUGUGAAGUUGGGAAUGAAAAGCUGCCAUUUAAGAUUCAGGUGACAGAUUCAGUGACGCAAUUAUUCUGUUCAAAAAGAGAUAUUCAAGCUGCCUUCACCAACAAGGACUCCUACCAGAAGGAAGUCAAAGUAGCUGCUUCCCAAAAAGCCACACUCAGCUGUGAGGUUUCUGACCCCAAGACUGAGGUGAAAUGGUUCAAAGAUUGCAAGCAGUUGAGCUCCAGUAAGACUGUCCACAUGGAGUCAAAGGGCAAGAGCCGUCAGCUGGUGCUGGAUAAUGUGGAGACAAAGGAUGCUGGAGAAUAUACCUGUGAAGUUGGGAAUGAAAAGCUGCCAUUUAAGAUUCAGGUGACAGAGCUCAAAGCUGUAUUCACCAACAAAGACUCUUAUCAGAAGGAAGUGAAGGUUUCAGCCUCCCAAAAAGCCACACUGAACUGUGAAGUUUCUGACCUCAAGACUGAGGUGAAAUGGUUCAAGGAUGGCAAGCAAUUGAGCUCCAGUAAGACUGUCCACAUGGAUUCAAAGGGCAAGAGCCGUCAGCUGGUGCUGGAGAAUGUGGAGAAGAAGGAUGCUGGAGAAUAUACCUGUGAAGUUGGAAAUGAGAAACUUCUCUUCAAGAUUCAGGUGAAAGAUGUUUCUACCAAAUUCCAGAAGACAUCUGUGACAAAAGAAACUGUGAUGGUUGAGUCAACAGAAAAGGUUGUUUUAAAAACCGAGGUAAUGUCAGAGAAUUGUAGUGUUAAGUGGUUCAGGGAUGGAGUAGAACUGAAUGACAGAUCAAAGUAUGAGAUAAAACAGGAAGGUUGCUCACGUGUCCUCAUCGUUAAGUCGUCUGAAUCUAAAGACAGCGACACCUACUCUUGUCAGACGGCUGAAGACAAAGUGGAGUUCAAGGUUCAGGUCAAAGAUGCACCUUUAAAGUUUGUGGUGCCAUUGCAGCCAGUGUCUGCAGUACUAGAAAGCACCAUGACACUUUCCUGCAGUCUCAACAAAGCCACGGAUAGUGUCCUCUGGAAGCACAACGGCAAAGAAAUCAAACCAGGUGGCAGAUUCAGUGUCCGCACCGAUGGCACCAACUGCAUCUUGACUGUCUCUGCUGUGGCUCAGGAGGAUGAAGGGGAGUACAGUUGUGAAUGCAAAGAUGACAAGACCUUCACCAAAGUCACUACUAAAGCCCCACGUCUGGUGAGGUUCACUACCAGGCUGAACAAUGUUGUUGCAAAUGAAGGCAAAGAUGCUAUCUUUAAAUGCUCCAUCACACCAGCUGAUGUGAGUGUCAGAUGGCUGCAUAAUGACAUUCCUAUUACAGCUAGUCCCAAAUUUAAGAUCGCUCAUGGAGGAAGCAGCCAUUCCCUUACCAUCACAGGUGUCACUCAGGAGGAUGCAGGAGAGAUCAGUAUCGAUGCCGAGGGAAAAGUGUGCAAAGCCACACUGCAAGUACAACAGCUUCCUGUCACCUUCAAGAAGAAGCUUGCAGAUGUGACUGUGACUGAGCAGGACACAGUUCGUUUGGAAGUGGAGCUUAGUAAACCCUCAACAGAUGUCAAGUGGAUGAAGAAUGGUGUGGUACUACAGCAAGGAGAAAAUAUGGAGAUCCAUGUGGAUGGUGCCAAGCAGGCUUUGGUCCUCAAGAGUGUGGCGUAUGCUGACAGAGGACAUUACUCAUGUGAAACCCUAGAUGACAAGACCCAGGCCAAACUGACAGUAGAAAUUAAGAAGAUUCAAAUAGUUAAAGUCCUAAAAGAGAUGAAAGUGCAAGAAAAAGAGACCAUCACUAUGGAGGUGGAGCUAAGCAAGGCUGAUGUAGAAGGUUCCUGGAGCAAAGAUGGAAAGAAACUAAAGGCAGGACCCAAUAUCAUCAUUACUGCACUGGGCAACAAGCACUGCUUGACUAUAUCCCAGCUGAAGAUAAGUGAUGGUGGAAAUAUUACUUUCCAAGCUGAGGAUGUCCAUACAUCUGGCAAACUAAUUGUUACAGAGCCUGCUGCAAAGAUCCUCAAACCUCUAGGGGAUAUCAGUUCUCCUGAAAAGGAGAAAAUCACUUUUGAAUGUGAGGUGUCAAGAGCAAAUGCUGAUGUCAAGUGGUUUAAGGAUGAUGCAGAACUAAAGCCAGGAAAGAAAUUUGGCAUCCAUUCCCAGGCCAAUAAGCGCACCCUCAUCAUCCACAAGUGUGCAUAUGAAGACCAGGGCCAGUAUAUAUGUAGAACAACAGAUGACAAUACUUCAGCCAAGCUCACUGUUCACGCCAGAGAUAUUAAAAUAGUGAAGCCGCUGCAGGACGUGGAGGUGACAGAGAAGGAGAGUGCAACGAUUGUCUGUGAGGUCUCUCACGAUGAGGUCGAGGCUCAGUGGCACAAAGGAGAUGCCAAACUCAAAGCCGGUGACAACAUAAAGAUAAGGCAGGAGGGAAGAACAUACAUUCUACUCUUCAAAUCUGUAAAGGCUGAGGACGCAGGUGAAAUCAAGUUCACAGCUGAGAAGGCCUCUUCAUCUGCUAAACUGAAGGUUAAAGAACUGCCUGUCAGAUUUGUGAAGAAACUGAGAGACAAAAUCGCCAUGUACAAACACCGUGCAUACUUAGAGUGUCAGGUGUCAAGGGCCAACGCUAAAGUCAUGUGGUACAAGAACAAGUCAGAGAUCAAACCCAGCAAGAAGCACGAGAUCACCAGUGAGGACGUCUACAGGAAGCUCACCGUCAUUGACGUGGAUUCUGAUGAUGAGGAUACAUACAUGUGUGACGCCAUUGAUGAUAAGACUUCAUGUCAGCUACUAGUAGAGGAGCAGGCUAUCAGCAUAGUACAGGAGCUGAGUUCUGUGGAGGUGACCGAGCCAUUUGCUGCCCACUUUGAGGUGGAAGUCAGUGUGGAGACAGUCAAGCCAGUGAAGUGGAUGCUAAAUGGGGAACAGCUGAAGGAGAGUGCAGAUACUGAGAUGGAGAAAGAGGGAACCAUGCACCGCCUCACUUUUAAAAAGACCAAGGCCUCCAUGUCAGGACCGGUACAGUUCACCGCCGGAAAGAGUAAAUCAACAGCUGAUCUCAAAGUGAAAGAGCGUCCCAUUGAAGUCCUGGAGCCUCUCAAAUAUGGGUCAGCCAAGGAGAAGACUUCCACCACACUAUGCUGCAAGUUCUCUGCCCCACCAAAAGAAGUACGGUGGUUUAAGGGUCAAACUGCUUUGGAGGCUUCUAGCAAAUACAGCAUGAAGCAAAAGGACGCUAAUGUGCAGCUGAUCAUACAAGCUUUGAGUGCAGAGGACUCUGGAGAGUAUCGCUGUCAGGUCGGGGUCUGUGAGAGCAAAGCCGUUAUCAAAGUAGAAGUGCGUAAAAUCCAGAUCACCAAACAUCUGACAGACGUGGAGGUGGAUGAAGAUGGUGAUGCUACGUUCACCUGUGAGGUUAACUAUGCUGAUGAAGAGGUCCAGUGGACACUCAAUGACAAGCCGCUCUUCAACAAUGAGGUCAAUGUCAUCACCCAUGUGGAUAAGACCCAUACGCUCACCCUCAAGAACCUAGCACCUGUGGAUGGUGGGAAGGUGUCAUUCAGCAUCAGGGAUGUGAAAGAAACAGUCUGCCUAAAAGUCAAAGAGAAGAAAGCCAUCUUCCUGAAGUUGCUGGAUGAUGUAGUUGCAGAGGAGAAGGGUACAGUUACCCUUAAGUGUGAAGCCUCAAAGCCCAGAGUGGCCCCUGUGUGGCGCAAAGAUGGUACAGUCCUGUCAGCAGGCAAAAAGUAUGAGCUCCUCCAUGAUGGUAAGACCUUGGGACUUACUAUCCAUGAUGUCACGCAAGCUGAUGCCGGGGAGUACAGCUGUGAUCUUGGCACAGACCUCUCCAAGUCCAAGGUCACUAUUAGAGAUAUCCACAUCGGGAUCACCAAGCGUUUUAAGUCGGUAGAGGCCAAAGCAGGUGAAAACUGCACAUUCGAGUGUAUCUUGUCCCGAGAAAGUUCAGAGAAGUGCACCUGGAGCCUAAAAGGCCAACCUGUCACUGAUGGAGGCCGUUUCCAGAUAAGCAGCAAAGGGCGCAAGUAUACCUUAACAAUCAAAGCUGUCUCAGCUUCUGAUUCUGGUGAGGUGGUCUUCACGCUCAAGGAUUUGUGCUCAAAGGCAACACUUACUGUUGAGGGUGAAGCUCCUACCAUAUCUAAAGAGCUUCAGGGUGUCAGUGCCAAAAUUGGUGAAGAUGCCACAUUCUCCUGUGACCUUUCUCAAUCUGGACUGGAAGUGAAGUGGUCAAAGGAUGGCAAGUCUAUCAGAAAAAGCCAGAAAUACGAAAUCAGUCAGGAGCAGACGCUUGUAAAGCUGACAAUCCGCAACGUCACUGAAAAAGACUCUGGAGAAUACAGCUGUGAGGUCACCGGUGGUCCAACCUCCAAGGCUAAACUGGAGAUCAAAGAACUGGCCAACAAAUUCAUUCGUGAGCUAAAGGAUGCCACUGCAGAAGAGAAGAGUGCUGUCUCCUUUGAUUGUGAGACAGCCCAACCUGCCUCUGAAGUCACCUGGCUUAAAGGAACAAAGGAGAUUAGGGCUGGAGGAAGGUAUGAGUUUAUGCAAAAGGGAACUGUCCUCAUCCUCAAAGUGAAGGAUCUGGAGAAGAGUGACAGCGAGGUAUACACCUGUGACAUUGGCUCUACGAAGAGUAGAGCCAAAUUGACAGUGAAAGUGGUACCAGCUAGGUUUAAGGGGCAAAUGAAGAACCAGCAGGUUACUGAAGUGGUACCAGCUAGGUUUAAGGGGCAAAUGAAGAACCAGCAGGUUACUGAAGGAGUGCCUGUGGUUUGGAGGAAAGGAACACAAGUGAUCCAUUCUGGAGAGAAAUACCAUAUCAAGCAAGUUGGUUCUGUUUUUGAGCUGAAGAUCACUGAUGUCAAACCUGAAGAUGCUGGAGUCUAUAGUUGUGAUUGUGGGUUUAACAAGACCUCAUCUACCAUUACCGUCAAUGCACUACCAGUGGUCUUCAUACAUGAGCUGCAAAACCUGGAGUGUGAUAUAGGAGGCAGUGCUACUCUGUCCUGCGAGCUUUCCAAACCUGGUGUCCCUGUGCAGUGGAAAAAAGGAAGCCAUGUUAUCCAACCUGAAGGAAAGUACGUCAUCAGGCAGAUUGCCUCAAAGGUGGAGCUGAAGAUCACAGAUCUCAAAUCUGAAGAUGAAGGAGACUACACAUGUGUAUGUGGAGACAAGGCAACCACAGCCAAUAUGAAGAUCAAGGCUCUAAAGUUCCUCCGUCCUUCUGCUGCCCUUGAAUCAGACUUCCAGAAGCAGAAGAAAGAGAAACAGGCAGAGCUCAGUGCUCUAAAGUUCCUCCGUCCUUCUGCUGCCCUUGAAUCAGACUUCCAGAAGCAGAAGAAAGAGAAACAGGCAGAGCUCAGUGUACUGCUGCUCAAGAAUGUUUUACAUCUAUCAGUGAAAAGAAUAUUUUUGAUGCAAAGUGUAAACUUAAUCUCACAAGAUCCUGUUGCUGGUUCAACAACUUUGCCCGAUUCCUCAGCAUUACCAGUGGUCUUCAAACGUGAGCUACAGAACCAAGAGAUUCAGGAAGGGGACAGUGUUACUUUGCGAUGUGAACUCUCAAAAUCUGAAGUUCCUGUGGUUUGGAGGAAAGGAACACAGGUGAUCCAUUCUGGAGGAAACUACCUCAUCAAGCAAGUUGGCUCUACUGUUGAGCUGAAGAUCACUGAUGUCAAACCUGAAGAUGCUGGAGAUUAUGUUUGUGAUUGCGGAGACAGCAUGACAACUGCCAAUGUCAAGGUUAACGCUCUUCCAGCCACCUUCACACAAGAGCUGAAAAACCAGACAGCUAUUGAAGGAGAAAGCAUCAUCUUCCAGUGUGAGCUCUCCAAACCUGGAGUUCCUGUGGUUUGGAGGAAAGGGUCACAAGUGAUCCAUUCUGGAGGAAAGUACCUCAUCAAGCAAGUUGGCUCUACUGUUGAGCUGAAGAUCACUGAUGUUAAACCUGAAGAUGCUGGAGACUAUGCUUGUGAUUGUGGAGACAACAUCACCACUGCUAACAUCAAAGUCAAUGCAUUACCAGUGGUCUUCAAGCGUGAGCUGCAGAACCAACAGCUUCAAGAGGGGGACAGUGUCACUUUGCACUGUGAACUCUCCAAACCUGGAGUUCCUGUGGUUUGGAGGAAAGGGUCACAGGUGAUCCAUUCUGGAGGCAAGUAUAUCAUCAAGCAAGUUGGCUCUACUGUUGAGCUGAAGAUCCCUGAUGUCAAACCUGAAGACGCUGGAGAUUAUGUUUGUGAUUGUGGAGACAACAUCUGCACUGCUAACAUCAAAGUCAAUGCAUUACCAGUGGUCUUCAAACGUGAGCUACAGAACCAAGAGAUUCAGGAAGGGGACAGUGUUACUUUGCGAUGUGAACUCUCAAAAUCUGAAGUUCCUGUGGUUUGGAGGAAAGGAACACAGGUGAUCCAUUCUGGAGGAAACUACCUCAUCAAGCAAGUUGGCUCUACUGUUGAGCUGAAGAUCACUGAUGUCAAACCUGAAGAUUCUGGAGACUAUGCUUGUGACUGCGGAGACAGCAUUACCACAGCCAGUGUCAAGGUUAAUGCACUUCCAGCCAUCUUCACACAAGCACUGAAAAACCAGACAGCUGUUGAGGGAGAGAGCAUCAGCUUCCAGUGUGAGCUCUCCAAAGCAGACAUUCCAGUUGAGUGGCGCAGGGGUGAAAUUGGCCUAUGCCCCUGUGCUAAAUAUGAAUUCAAGCAAGAUGGCCACCGUGCCCAACUGUUCAUACAUGACCUUGAACCUGAGGACUCUGGUGACUAUAUCUGUGACACUGGAGAACGCCAAAGCAUUGCAUAUCUGGAAGUUAAGGCACUGCCAGUUCUUUUCAAAUCAUUUCUGAAAAAUUUGGAAAGUGAAGCUGGGGAAAAUGCAGUUUUUCGAUGUGAACUUGAUAAAGCUGGAGCCAGAGUCAUCUGGAGGAAAGACAAGAGUGUAAUAGAAGCAAGCAACAAAUAUCAGCUGAAGCAAGAUGGGGCUGUUGCUGAGCUUAUCAUUUACAAGCUGCAAGGAGGAGACGCUGGAGAGUACUGCUGUGAAACAGAACAUGAUCGGACAUCUGCCAAACUUGCUGUGAAGGAACUUGAAAUCAUGAUCUUAACUGGCUUGAAGAGCUGCAUUGUCAAUGAAAGCGAGGACGUUCAUUUCGAAUGCCUUGUCUCUCAUGACAAUGCACUCAUUGUUCAGUGGACGCUGCAAGACGUUCCACUACAGAACAAUGAGAUGAAUGAAAUCCGAAUGGAAGGCAAAAGGCACACACUUACACUAAGAAGUGUCACCCAGAAAGACUCGGGCACGGUGUCCUUCCAUGUUGGUGCACACACUUCUUUUGCUUGUCUUACAGUUAAAGCAAUCCCUGUGCUAUCAUUUGUGAAGGAGUUAACAAGCCAGGAAGUCACAGAGGGAGCCAGUGCCUCAUUAUGUUGUGAAACUUCAAUCCCUGAUGCCAAUGUGACCUGGAAGAAGGACACUCAGGUCCUAUCUGAUGGAAAGAAGUAUUCCAUAAAGAAGGAUGGCAUAUUCCAAACCUUGGAAAUCCAUAAGCUAUCAGUGGACGAUGGUGGCGAGUACAUAUGUGAAGCAGGAGACAAACGAAGCAAAGCUAUGUUGACCGUCAAAGAAUGUGUAAAAAUCACAAGAGAAUUAAAGGAUGUGACUGUGAUAACGGGCGAGGAUGCUAUCUUCCAGUGUGAGAUGUCCCAUACAGGGGUUACGAAUGUUGAGUGGUGGCUCGGCUCCAACCACCUUCAAAACAAUGACUUGAAUCAAAUCAGCUGCCGAGGGAGGGAACACAGCCUAGUGCUGAAAAUGGUCACACCCGAUGAUUCAGGUGAUGUAGCCUUUGUGGUUGGCCCUGAGAAGAGUAUCGCCUACCUGUUGGUGCAGGAGAAACCCAAAGCUAAACCAAUUGAUAUUCUUCAAGAGCUGAGUAACGUGGAGACCAUUAAUGGUGGGGAAGCACUUUUUGAAUGCUCCUUGUCUCGUCCUGAAACCAAAGACUGCCGGUGGUUAAUCGAUGGCAAGCCUGUAAAGGAGUCUGCAAAAGUGGAGAUUGUUUCCUUUGAGAGUGGCAGACGUCAUCUUCUGCUUUUAAAGGACUUGCAUCCUUGUGAAAACACAAGGGUUACAUUCCAAGCUGGCACUUCAUCAACUACUGCUCUUCUGUCUGUCAAAGCUUGGCAACUGGAGGUGGUCAAGCCUUUGGAAGAUAAGACCGCCAUUGCAGGAGAGCAAGUUGAGUUCACUUGUGUUUUGAAUGAAGCUGUGCCUGAGAGUGAAGUGACUUGGUAUGCAAAUGGUGUUGAGCUUCAAUGUAAUGACCAAUGGGCCAUGAGAGCCAGUGGCUCUUCCUACAGCCUAAUUUUGAAGAAAGCCCAGGCUCAGCCCACACAGGAAAUCACAUUUGCAGCUCGGGAUGCCUUAUCAAUGGCCAAACUCAUCACAAUAUCUGUGCCUGAUCCCCCUGAAGACCCAGAGCUGGUUAGUAAAGGCCCAACGUUCGUCACCUUGUCUUGGUUCACACCCCUCAGUGAUGGAGGAAGCCCAAUCAUUGGUUACCGUGUGGAAAUGCGUCUAGUGGACAGUGUCCUCUGGCUGCCCUGCCACACAGAACCAGUGUGCAACACUGAAUUUCUGGUUGAAAACCUCAUACCGGGGGCAGGUUACAGGUUCAGAGUGGCAGCCAUUAACCAUGCUGGUAUUGGAGAGCCUGUCCAGCUGCCUCAAACCGUGACACUCGAUGCACCAGUGACCAUGACCAAAAUGUUAAGCAGCUCUAAGAUCCAAAAAGGAAAGAUGGUUCGUUUAGAGUGUGAACUUUCUACAGAGAGCAAAUCAAUCACAUGGCUCAAGGACAACAGAGAGAUAGAGUUUGGGGUCAAGUACCAAAUGGUAGCAGAAGGAAAGAGCCAAGUUUUGCUCAUAAAGGAUUUCCAGUCUACAGACCAGGGUGUCUAUUCUUGUGUAGCCUCAGAAGAGGCAAAGACUUCAAUCAACGUCAACCUCGAAGGAGAUGACACGACACUUUCUCAGGAUGCGGGCAGCCAGCCCAAACUGCCUCCUGAGGCUGCUUCUGAGGGAGAUUUGCAUGCUCUGUGGGAUGCAGUGGCCAAGAAGAGGAGAAUGAGUCGGGAGCCCACAUUAGAUUCAAUUUCAGAGUUGCCAGAAGAAGAUGGAAAAGAAAAGGUCCAGAGCAAAGAAGGAAAAGUACCUGAAAAGGAAGUGAGACCUGUUGAGCCAACUCCCAAGAUCACAGCAGAGCCUAAUCUCUAUACAAGUUCUGAUGAGGAAUCUCUCAGUGGGACAACAAGCUUGGUGUCUUACCUUAAGAAAAGCAGCAAGUCCUCUAUGACUGAGACUAUUGCCUCCAUGAAACUGUAUGAGCACUUCCAGAUGACUGAGCAAUCAGUUACAAAGGCAUCUGUGGAGCCCCUUAUGGAAGCUCAGAAUGGGGAUGAGUUGCAAGAGGCUGCUGUCAAGAUUCAGGCAGCCUUCAAAGGUUAUAAAGCCAGGAAGGACAUGCGACCAGUCUUCAAAGAAGCAUUCAAGGAUCAGACUAAGGAGCCCAAUGGGACAAUUCAUCUUGAGUGCAUUGUGGAGGGUAAGCCAGAUAAAGUUCGCUGGCUGAAAGAUAGUGAACCCUUAACAGAUGGCAAGCACCAUCACAUUGACAUCUAUAAUGAUGGCACCUGCUCUCUAGUAGUGACUGCUGCCACAACCAAAGACACGGGUGUAUAUACUUGUGAAGUAACCAAUAAGUUUGGUGUUUCCACCCAUAGUGGCAAAGUCACUGUAGGGUCGCUGCGGGAAUCUUCUGGGCGACGCCCCCUCGCUCUGGGCUACAGUGCAGAUAGUGAAGCUGAGAGCUCCUCAGGGAGUGAGAUGGAUGAGACUUUACGCCAAGCAAGUAAACGAUUACAGCGACUUCUUCGUACUCGCCUCCCUCCGGAUGUGGAAGAGGAACCUUUUGUUAGUGCGGAUGAAGGAGAUUUACCGCCACCGGAUCUACAGACUUACCGGGAAGACGAUCAGUAUAUCUACAUCCGCUUUGAUAACCGUGCAGAAGCUCAAGUAGCUUCCCAGCGCUUCCAGGAAAUGUUUACUUAUCAAGGAGUUCCCAUUGAAACGGCCAUCAUAGCAGCAGCAGGUGCUAAGGUAGAGCUGCGUAUCACAAAGAUGAGUCUCUCCCAAGAUGGCUCCCAAACCCCAACUCAGGACCUACCGAUGCCUGCUUUCAUGACAGGAGCCCCUGCGGCCCCCGUCUUCCUGACGGAGCUCCGUAGCCAAGAUGUUCCUGAUGGGUUUCCAGUCAGUUUUGACUGUGUAAUUGUCGGCAACCCCCCUCCCACUGUGAGAUGGUUCAAGGAUGGAAAGAUAUUGGAGGAAAACGACCACUACAUGAUCAAUGAAGACCAGGAAGGCCAUCACCAGCUGAUCAUCACAGCUGUGCUGCCCACAGACAUGGGCGUGUACCGAUGCAUGGCUGAAAAUGACAGUGGCAUCGCCUCCAGCAAGGCUGAGCUGAGGGUGGACAUGUCUUGUAGCUCAGACUAUGACACAGCAGCUGAUGCCACAGAGACGUCUUCCUAUGUCAGUGCUAAAGGUUAUGUGUCUAGCUCGGAGCACAGGGACACAGAGGCUUUUGAGUCUGUGGCAGAAGACGAGCAGCUUCCUCAGAUUGUGGAUGAGUUACAUGAUUUAUUCCUCAGUCCUGGAGCACCCAUUGCCAAAAUGAGUGUCAGGGUCAAAGGAUUUCCCACACCAAGGGUUUACUGGUUCAAAGACGGCACCCCACUUCAAGCCUCCAGCAGAAUUGUAUUGUCGACUGAGCGAGAUCAACACAGUCUUGAGAUUUUGGAUGUUAAGCGCGAGGACACUGGAGAAUACUCAGCAUACAUUAGCAAUAUAGCUGGCUCUGCCUACUCUUCAGCACGACUGAAUUUACUGGCUCCUGGAGAGCGCCCAGCACCUGAACAGGGACGAAUGAGAGAUUCAAAGGUGCCACUUGUGCCACCACGCUUCCUGGAGAGGUUCAGCAACAAGAAGGUGAAACAGGGAGCGAGUAUAACGCUGUCAGUCAAAGUGGAAGGCUCCCCAACCCCAUCUGUAAACUGGUUAAAGGAAGUGUCAGAUAAGGAUGUUCUGUGGAUCAAGGCAGACACAACAGGUUACAAGGUGGCCAGCUCUGGCCGUCAACAUAGUCUCAUCCUCAUGGAAGUGGAAAAAAAACAUGGCGGCAUGUACACUUGCAUCGCCACCAACCGUGCUGGACAGUCAGUCAACACAGCCCGACUGGAUGUGGAGACAGCACCAGAGCAAAAGAAAGUGGGGCCAGAGGUUCUGGGAAUUACUAUCAGCCCACCAGAGGAAAAGGGCAAAGGAGAGAUCAAACUACCUUCCCUGGGUGAAGUGGGUACUGAGGAAUUCUUACAAAAACUCACAACCCAAAUCACAGAAAUGGUAUCUGCCAGGAUUACUCAAGCUUCAUUACGUGUCCCAGGAGCUGACAGCGAUGAUGAAACAAAAACACCAUCUCCAUCUCCAUAUCACGGCCGAUCGCGCCCGCCAUCUCUGAUCGCAGACUCAUCAUCCGAGUCAGAUGAAGGAGAUGCCAGGGGAGAGAUGUUUGAUAUCUUCGUUGUGACUGCUGACUACAACCCCAUGGGGGUCAGUAAAGAUGCCAUCGCUCUGAAAGAGGGCCAGUAUGUGGAGGUUCUGGACUCUGCCCAUCCACUUAAAUGGCUUGUCCGCACCAAGCCCACCAAAUCCAACCCAUCUCGCCAGGGAUGGGUCUCGCCUGCGUAUCUCGACAAAAGACUGAAGCUGUCUGCAGACAUAGCAGACCUCCCAGAGACCACUAGAGAAGAAGUCACAGAGACAGAGUACAAGAAGAAACUCUGUCAACUUGUCCAAGAGCUGAUCAGCACAGAAACUGAGUUUCUGAAGGAGAUGGAGUUCUUCACGUCACACCAUCUGAAGCGUGUGGAGGAGGAGAGCACACCACCUGAAAUCGCCACCCAGAAGGAAACCAUCUUCCGUAAUAUCAAUGAUUUGAAAUCCUUCCACAGCAGCUCUUUGCUGCCUGGUCUGCGUGAUUGUGACACAGAUGAUGACACUGCCAUGCAUUUCCUGAGAAACUCUGAAGGGUUUGAGAAAUAUCUGCAGUACUUCAUUGGACAAUUGCAAGCUGAGUCCGCCAUCAGUGAGAAAAAAGUGCACCAGUAUUUCAAGGAUUAUACAGUAUCAGAGUUGGCAAAUGUUGACCCCUCAGAAGGUCCAGUGCUAAGCAUCAAUGCUUACCUUCAGAGACCACCGGAGAGAAUUCAGAAGUACAGGGCUUUACUGAAGGAAUUGAUCCGGAAUAAAGCGAGGAACGGUCAGAACUGCUGUUUGUUGGAGCAGGCCUAUGCCAUGGUGUCGUCCCUCUCCCAGCGCUCAGAAAACACACACCAUGUAUCACUCAUAGAGAACUACCCCGCCAAUCUGGAGGCGCUGGGAGAACCUAUUAGACAGGGGCCCUUCACUGUUUGGGAAGGAGCUCCUGGAAUUCGAACAUCUUCCAGAGGUCACCACCGCCACGUCUUCCUCUUCAAAAACCAUGUGGUCAUAUGCAAACAGAAGAGAGACACUAAUACAGACAUCCAAGCAUAUGUGUUCAAGAAUAUGAUGAAGCUCACAAACAUUGACGUGAACGAGACAGUUGAGGGUGAUGAGAGAGCAUUUGAGAUCUGGCAUGAGCGCGAGGACUCCGUGAGAAAAUACACGUUGCAGGCGCGGACUGUUAUCAUCAAGAACUCAUGGCUCCGCGACCUCCGUGACCUUCAGCAGCGCUACAGCAUGCCAGCCUGGAGCUCUCCAGAUUUUGACACAGUGUUGACAGACUGCACAGCGGAGCUCGGACAGACGGUAAAGCUCGCCUGCAAGAUCACUGGUGCCCCCAAACCACAGGUCACCUGGUACAAAGACGGGCGUGCCGUGGAAGCGGAUCCUCAUCACAUCAUCAUUGAGGACCCAGACGGCUCUUGCACACUGAUUUUGGACAACAUGACGGCAGACGACUCAGGCCAGUACAUGUGCUUUGCCACCAGCUCUGCGGGCAACGCCAGCACACUAGGCAAAAUCACUGUGCAGGUACCUCCACGUUUUGUGAAUAAGAUCCGGAAAUCCACACUUUAUCCAGGAGAAGAUGCUCAGUUCACCUGCACCAUCCAGAGCGCUCCAAGUCCCAAGAUAAGAUGGUUUAAGGAUGGUAAACUACUGACAGACCUGGAGAAGUUUCAGACAUACAGUGAACCGCGCAGUGGAGUGUUGGUUCUAGUUAUCAAGAACCCUGGAGAACGAGACCUUGGACACUAUGAGUGUGAGCUGUCGAACCGUCUGGGCAGUGCCAGGUGUGCGGCGCAGCUGAUCACUCCUGCUGUGGCAAUGGCGGGAGAACGUAGAGCAGAUCAGGCCAUAAGUAUAGAAGUAACGGAACAAGAGACGAAAAUGCCGAAGAAAACCAUAAUUAUUGAGGAGACCAUCACCACAGUGGUGAAGAACACCCGUAUGAAACGGCAUGCAUCGCCGCGUCCAUCGCCCAUGGGAGCUCACCGCUCAGAGACGUCCACACCCGAACCGCCCAGACAGAGACGAACCCUGGCCAGGAAGACUGUACCGACACUGUAUGUUCCAGAGACGGAGGGUGCCACGGCCAGGAACCCAAGAUGGGUAGAAGUCGAAGAGAUAAUCGAGUAUAAAGUGAACAAAUCACCCAAGUUACCAGGACGAAGAGGCGUUUCCCCCAGCAAGCUGUCACCACCUGGCAAUCCAAACACUAAUAACUCCAACAAUAAGUUAGUAGAAGAGGCAAUGGGUGCCGCAAUGGCUCUGCAAGCUUCUUCUGGUACGGAUGAAGAGGAAACUGCACAGAAUGUGUCUGAAGUACCUUCAGGGAUCGACAAUAUGACAACAUUAGAAAUUAGUGACCCGUGUGUCUCUGAUGAAGAUGAAGGAACUAUUGUCGUGGAGCCUGAAGAUGACGAACUUGAUGCUCGAGAUUGCAAAAUGCUGACUGAUGGGAAUCGAGUUCUUACUCUUGAAGAUCUCGAGGACUACGUCCCUCAGGCAGGUGAAACGUUCGGCAGCAGUACAGACCAUCACAUCCCCGUCGAGAAGCCAAGUGAGAUCUCGGUGUUGCAGAGAGAAAUUAACGAGCCUGUCGUUGGCAAACCCAUUGUGUUGAACGUGGUACGUCCACUGGCAAAACCUCGCAUGGGAUUCUUUGGCUCCUUCAAGGAACACAUUUCCAGCAUGUUUAGUCCAGGUUCAUCAGCGGGCGGCAGCUCUCAGGCAAGGCGAGAGAAGACCAUACCCAUUCAUGUGACGGGAGAACCUUCAUCCAACUAUUCACGCCAUACCAGUAGCUUUGCGAGGCUUGAAGUCCAGCCGACGUACUGCUCCGAGGUCCAAAGAGGAAAGGAGGGAGGUCUGCAGAGCUUCAAAACGCAGGUUUCCGCACAAACCCGCAACUACACGCCCACCGGACAGGUCACUCUUCAGAUCAGCAAGAAGCCAUUUGAGAAGCAGUAAUCGCGAGGAAACCACUCAGGAUAGAUGCUUGUUUCCAGCAUGCAAAAUCAGGACAUACAAGUAGGCCUAGUCUUAAAUGGGAACGCUUCUGUAAAAUCUUGCAAUCUAGGAGUGUAAUUCAGUCGUAAAGCUUCUGCUGACAGCAGAUCAUUCCAUGUUGAGGCAAAAGAUUCACUUGCCAAACUCCUUUAUAUCCUACUCUACCUAAUGAAGACUUUCUAAUUACUAUUAUUAGAGUUCCUGUGAGCAAAUGUGCAGCUGUGCUUCAGAACGGCAAGUCCGACACAACAUGAAUCCUGGUCCUGGAGAACCAACGUCCUUCAGAUCUUCAACCAGCCCCAACACAGUUGCCAGGAAGUUUCCAGUAAGUCUGAAGACCUACUGAAGAUUAGGUGGUUCCGAUGUGUUUAAUUAGUGUUGUAGGUAAAUCUGCAGGACAGUGGCCCUUCGGGAACAGGUUUGGACACCUUUGGUCUAGUCCCUUGGUCUAAAGCAGAGGUUCUCAACUCUGGCCCUCGAGGUCCACUUUUAGCUCCAACCUUGAUCAAACUCACUUUU